AUGGCGACACUAGGGCCGUGGAAUGAGAUGCUGGGAUAUCCCAGUGGACGAGCGGACUUUGAAAGCUGGGCCUGGAGAUCAGGUCAAGGUCUCCGUGGUUAUUUGAAGGCGCACAUGGCUGCUAGACUUCCAGCUGGAGGCUUAGUAACAACUUGGAAAAGAGGUAGAAUGGCAGAAACAUUGCGUUGUUGUUGGCGAUGCCUGGAUACAAAGGAUUUCCCUUGGAAAAAGGACUCUAUCAAAAGCAUUCACCCCUCUUCAAGAUUGUUUAUCAAGCCACCGAACAUCUUUUGUCGCAAUUUUGACAAACAGGCAAUUGACAACUUUAAGUUUAUUGUGGAUCCGUCUCUCUAUACACUGUAUGCUCUGUGUGACAAUGAUUGGAUGUCUAAUGUCUGGCAAAAUUCGACUAAACUCCUAAUCAUUUUGAACAAGUCAUCUGUCGGAAAUGAAAGGGAUGAAAUCGCAAAGGUUAAUGAUUACCUCGUUGAACACCGUGGAAAGGUUUUACUUGUUCUAAACGAUGAUUGUGGUCAUUCUCCCGGCCCGCAAAGUAUUUCAUCUGCAUCGAGAACACCCGAUUUUUUGGCUGAAACAAAUGGGUGGAUUUGGAAAGUCGUGGAUGGUUUUCUGUGUUUGCUGAAUGCACAGGCAACACCUGUAAUGAUCGUUGUUAAGAGGGAUCGCUACGAGGUCACAUCUGCUUUGGCCCUUCUCGGGAUUUCCUGUGCACAAAAUACGGAAAAGAGUAGUCUUGCUUCAGCUACUACCCUCUAUACCUGCAAGCCAACUGGUUCACCGGACGCUGAGAUUCUCGAAUGCCUCAUCAGCCUUCUGGCAAAUGCAACUGCCUCGAAAGUGGAGGUUAUUUCCGCAGAUGCGAACAAGGUGGCUUUCUCGUUUGCCGACUACUUCGCCUCCCUCAAGGAAACUUCUCGCUUAGGUCGUCAUCCUUUCUGGAGUGAAGAAAUGUCCUCGAACUUCUCCAUCUCUCAAAAAAUUCUGUCAAAGUUGCCGAAACACUCCGGCUUGGUGCUUGUCUCAGCGAUGCAAACGGCAGGAGUUGGUCGAAGAGGCAAUCAGUGGUUGUCUCCUCGUGGUGCGGCCUUAUUCACAGCCCAUCUUGACUUACCGUUCUCCAGGGAAAGGCAGUCCUUUUAUCUACCGCAUCUACUUUCGUGGAUUCAGCAUCUGCCUGCUCUUGCCGUUUUCCUAGCUUUAAAUGAACUCCUUGAAGAAUCUAGAGCUAAUAAAUCGUCUAAUCUGGAAGUGCGAGUCAAAUGGCCAAAUGAUGUGUAUGCUGUCGACAAGACUUCAAACACCUGUACGAAGAUUUCAGGAGUUCUCGCUAGUGCCACGUGCACAGAUCCAGGCGAGGUGCGAUGCCUGGUAGGCAUCGGUGUGAAUGUGGCCAAUUCGAAGCCGACCACCUGUUUGCAUGAUUUAAUAAAAGUCGGCAGUGGGGACUCGAAUGCGGUGCUCCCGUCAGUGGCUACAGUGGUUGGUCGGACGUUAUAUCACCUUGAGAAUCUCAUCAACCGCUUCGAAUGCUGUGGUUCGAAGGAGAUAGAGGAAUUGUAUACAUCGGCUUGGAUGCACAAGGAUCAGCAGCUGAAGGUUUUUGAGGACGGUCGGGAGAUCAAGUGCACUGUGGUUGGCGUUGAUGGAUUCGGGUAUCUGCGCGUCUUGAGUGAAAAUAAUGAAGAGAUCGUUCUUCAUCCAAAUGGAAACUCGAUCGACAUGAUGGCUGGGAGUGUGAUUUCACGUGGCGCUCCCUAA